AUUAGAAACUACAAUGUUGUUUACACUCAGAUUUUAGUUGUUUUAUUUACAUACUCGCCAUGAAAAUCUUAUGCGAGGUGCAGGUGGUGAACCGCACAACCCAAGCGAAUCGGACUCCCAGGCCCGUAAAGUCCACACUUGCCAUUGGCUACAAACAAGGCGCGUCGGACUCAAAUGGCAACACAAAAAAAGAGCUGGAAAUGCUGCUGUUCAGCGGCACCACCAAGACCGGCACCCGGUACAAGGUGCGGGACAAUGUACAAGCCGUGCACACGAAGUUUAUCCUGGAUGGAAAGGCCACAAUUGGCUUCCAUCAGCCUGCGGAAAACCUGCUCAUCAAAUGUGAUCCCAUACAGCUGAAGGGAUUUCUGCAGACCCUGAAGCUGGGCAUGGAAGGCAAGGAUGCCAUUAACCUAAGACUGAACAUAGCGGCCGCCACGGCCAUUCCCCAAAAGUCGCAGCCGCAGCAGAGGAUGGUGGUCAGCAAGCGCAGUGAAUACCCCAUCAAGGGCUUCCCUCGGACCCUCAAGUCUCUGACCAUAAACAACAGCCAGCUGGUUAAACUCAGCUUUGAGAUCUGCACGCUGCGCAACCUCACCACGCUGGACGUCGGAGGCAACAAGUUGACGAAGAUUCCACCCGAGCUUGGCCGCCUGCCCCUGACCACGCUGCAAUUGAGCGGCAACUGUCUGGGUGAGUUGAAUGACUGGUGUUGGAUGCGUGGCACGAAGCUAAGUCAGUCUCUCCGCGAGCUGGACUUGUCGAGCAAUGGAUUGACCUACUUCCCACCUGCUCUGGUUAAGUUUGAGCGCUUGGUGUCUCUGAAACUGAAUCACAACCAGCUGACCCGCCUGCCCUUCGCCAUUAGACGGCUACAGGGUCUACGCUCGUUGCACGUGUGCAGCAACAAACUGGAAUCCCUGCCCGCAGCAAUUGAGGACCUCCGCAUAGACCUGCUGGACGUGUGGGGCAACUGCUUCAGAGGCUUCAAUGCCGAGGCUGCUCAGCUACAGUCGCAGCGAUUGUCGGCCAGCAAUACUCCACAGCCGCUCUGGCUGCAGGCAGCUCGCGCCGUCGCCAACUACAAACUGCCUCUGUCCGCAGACUCUGUGCCUGCCAUACUGAUCGAACUCAUCUCGGAGGCGCCCAAGUGCUUAUGCGGAAAGCUCUGCUAUGCCCUGCGACAGGAAGACCUCCUCCAGCGCGUCAUCCAGCCGAAGUUCACCAACAUCAAGAACCUCACCUACAGCCGUGAGCACCAGAUCUACGCGGAUGUGGUCAUAUGUGGGCCCAACUGCAGUGCCUCCCAGCAGCUGAAGGCCCUCUUUGCCCUCAUGUUUCCCUGACUGGAGUAUACUCGUAUCUAAUUUGUCAACUUUCAAUUAGGUUUUUAGUUAGGGUUAAACUAUUUUGUGGUUUUCAUUAUUUAUGUACUAUAUUAUAUACACUUUUUAUAUUUUCCAAUUCAAUCAUAAAAGGAGCAUGGAGCUCUAAUUUAAGUUUUAA